UUCUCUUUCUAUAAAAAUAGAAAUUAGCACAUAACAGCCCACACCGGCAAAUAAAAUUCGUGAAAACGGAGUCUCUGCAUUCCAUUUUAUGUCGCAUCAUCAUUGAAUUUCCUUUGUAAGGCAAGAGUAACUUACUUUCUUUGUCUCUCUAACAAACUUAUAUUUUGCAUCAGGCAUUCGACGAGUUUAACAGCAGAUAGAUUCAAGGUAUUUUCAAUAGCGAAGAUGGUGUUGAAUUACACAGAAAAUGACAAUGAAGUUUACCGUUAUAUUCAAUUGAUGACAAUCGGCCUUUUCACCUGUCUGAAUAUCGUCAUCGGAUCAGUUGGAAACGCUUUGGUGUUCUUAACUGUUUACUCGAUCCCGUCUCUACAUACCGUAUCCAACGUACUUCUUGCGAGCCUCGCUUGUUCAGACUUCUUGUUGGCAGUAUUUGGACUGCCAUUGGCAGCAUAUGCGAAUGUCCGCUCAGGAGUAAAUAUUAGAGAUACUUCAAUCAAAGCAGAUAUCCUCUACAUACCAGUCUAUGUAUCUUUUCCUGUUUCUGCAUGGCAUCUAUUAUUUAUUUCACUUGAUCGGUAUUUUGCAAUCUCCUAUCCAUAUAAAUACCAGGCUCGUGCAACAAUCCAGAGAACAUUUUACCUCAUCAUAUUUUCGUGGGUGAUCGGAAUCACCUGGGGCCUAGUGCCGUUGUUCGGUGGAUUAGAGAUAGAUGAGGACUGCCUUUCAGAUAUUUGUCGAACUUUAAAUAAUUCAUCACUUCGAGUUCACGAGAUAAUGAGUUCAGCCUUUGUAAUUACUGUAUUUAUUGCAAUUGUCUUAAUUUAUGCUAGGGUAUUUUCCAUUGUAAAAAGGCUUUCGUUUAAUGUACGAGAUAUACCAAGAUCAAAUAGUAUACCCAUUCCAAGAAAUACUAUCGAGCAAGCAUCACUGCGUAACACUUACAUUAAAGUUACCGCAAUGGUAGUUGGAGGAUUUUUCAUCAGCUGGUUACCAAUGGUGGUUUAUAUGAUACUCAACACUGAAUAUAAACCUCACAACGUAUCGCUAAACAUUCUCAAAACUCUAGCAGAAUGCACAAGUCUCUGCAGUAUUUCAUUAAAUCCGUUAAUUUACAAUUUCAUGUUAAAGAGUUUUCGAGAUGGCUUUCGAAAAACGAUCAGAAAAGUAAUGGGUAGUUGUACAAAUUAACCCUAUCGAUUGGAGAAAUAAGCAUACUCAAAAUUAUAGGUUGCUUUCCAUACGUUAAGGCCAAAACAAAUUAUUGUGCUGGCCAUGCCCGACCGACCUAAAUUUUAAAUUAUUGUGCUGGCCAUGCCCAACCGACCUAAAUUUUAAAUUUAAAAAAAAAAAAAUUUUCCUACUGACCUACUCAUUUUUUUGGAUUUUCCCGAAACGUGGCCUACACAUUUUUUUUUUUUUUUGCCUAAUAAGAGAGAGAACUCGGCUGUCAAAUAUUGGAAUAUUCCUGUAAGCUCCGCCCUUUGGAUAUUGUUGUUAAAUUUAAGAUGACUCAAAACGACAGCGUAAAACAUGCAGGCCUAUUUGUGGAACGUGUGCUUGAUU